ACAUUAAAGUUCCCAGAAAAGCACACAAUCAUGGUACAAAUAAGUGAAGUUAAAGACAGUCAAUCAAGAGAAAGAAGAACUGCAGCACAUACACAUAUCAAGGGAUUGGGGCUCAAUGAACAUGGUAUUGCCAAGAACAUCGAAGGAGGAUUUGUUGGACAAGCCGAUGCUAGGGAGGCAUGCGGGAUUAUUGUCGACUUAAUCAAAUCUAAAAAGAUGUCAGGUAAAGCUAUUUUGAUAGCUGGCCCUCCUGCCACCGGUAAAACCGCUUUGGCAUUGGCAAUUUCUCAAGAAUUGGGUCCAAAAGUGCCAUUUUGUCCUAUUGUUGGAUCUGAACUUUAUUCCGCUGAAGUUAAGAAGACAUCGGCUUUAAUGGAAAAUUUCAGAAGAGCUAUUGGAUUGAGAAUUAAAGAAACCAAGGAAGUUUAUGAAGGGGAAGUUAUCGAAUUGACUCCAGAAGAAGCCGAGAAUCCUUUGGGUGGUUAUGGUAAGACUGUCAGUCACGUUAUUGUUGGAUUAAAGACCGCCAAGGGUACCAAAUCUCUUAGACUUGAUCCUAGUAUCUAUGAAAGUAUCCAAAAGGAAAGAGUCACCAUUGGUGAUGUUAUUUACAUAGAAGCAAAUACCGGUGCUGUUAAGAGAGUAGGGAGAUCCGAUGCCUACGCUACUGAAUUCGACCUUGAAGCCGAAGAAUAUGUUCCUUUACCAAAGGGAGAAGUCCACAAGAAGAAAGAGAUUGUUCAAGAUGUUACUUUGCACGAUUUAGAUGUCGCCAAUGCUAGACCUCAAGGUGGCCAGGAUGUUUUAUCUAUGAUGGGACAACUCUUGAAACCACGCAAGACUGAAAUCACCGAUAAAUUAAGAUCCGAAGUUAAUAAAGUUGUUUCCAAGUAUAUCGAUCAAGGUGUUGCUGAAUUAAUUCCAGGUGUUUUGUUUAUUGACGAAGUUAACAUGUUAGAUAUGGAAAUUUUCACUUAUUUGAAUAGAGCUUUGGAAAGUUCCAUCGCUCCAAUUGUUGUAUUGGCCUCCAACAGAGGAUUGACUACUGUUAGAGGUUCUGACGAUGACAUUAAAGCUCCACAUGGAUGUCCACCUGAUUUAAUUGACAGAUUAUUAAUUGUCAGAACAUUACCAUACAACCAAGAAGAAAUCAAGACCAUUGUAUCGAAACGUGCUGCUCUUGAAGGUUCUACUCUUACCGAAGAUGCCCUUAAUAAAGUUGCUAAACAUGGUGUUACGAAAUCGUUGCGUUAUGCCUUACAACUAUUAGCACCUGCUGGUGUUUUAAGUACUAGUGCUGGUCGUUCAGAAAUAACCGUGGAAGAUAUCGAAGAAUGUGAAUUGUUAUUCUUGGAUUCUCGCCGUUCUAUCAAGGUCUUAGAAGAAAAUAGCAAAUUUCUUUAGAGAGUAUAGUACGUUUUUAAGAAGAAGAAGAAAAAAAAAGAAUUGUAUAUUAUAUUAGCAUAACGAGUUUAAUUGUUUU